AUGCUAAAUGUUGAGGACACAAUAGUGAACAAAUACAGAAAGACAAAUGAGACCCUUCUCCUAACUUGUGACUUGAACACUCUGAACUUCUUCACCAGGGUGAUGACCUUUGCCUACCUUGCAGGCCUAAGCAUGCUGAGCACCAUCAGUACCGAGUGCUGCCUGUCCAUCCUGUGGCCUUUCUGGUACUGCUGCCACUGCCCAAAAAACCUGUCAACAGUCAUGUGUGCCCUGCUCUGGGCCCUGUCCCUGCUGCUGAGCACCCUGAAAGGGAAGUUCUGUGGUUUCUUAGUUUGUGAUGGUGACUAUGGUUGGUGUUGGACAUUUGAUUUCAUCACUGCAGCAUGGCUGGUUUUUUUUUUUUUUUUUUUUUUUUGGUUCUCUGUGAGUCCAGCCUGUGACUCCCUGUGCAUCCUGCUGACCAGGCUUGUGACCAUCCUGCUCACAGUGCUGAUCUUCCUUCUCUGCAGGCUGCCCUUCAGCAUUAAGUGGUUUCUAUUAUUCUGGAUCUUCAUGGAUUUUGAUGUCUUCCUUUGUCAUUUUCAUCUAGUUUCAGAUGUCCUGUCUUCUCUUAACAACAGUGCCAACCCCAUCAUUUACUUCUUCAUGGGCUCCUUUAGGCAGUGUCAAAAUUGGCAGAAUCUGAAGCUGGUUCUCCAGAGGGCUCUGCAGGACACGCCUGAGGUGGAUGAAGGUGGAGGGCGGCUUCCUCAGGAAACCCUGGAGCUGUUGGGAAGCAGAUUGGAGCAGUGA